GACAAACGGCGCGGUCACACCGGCUAACUCGCACCAUAUGCAUGCAGCACAUUCAUCAGAAAAGUUGACAGUCCUGCAAACUCGCUACUCGAGGGUUAUCAAUUGUAAAUCAGAUUUUUAAGUUACUGUCUGUUUACCAACACUCUUUAGCAAGAUGCCGCCGAAGAAGAAGAAGCAGCAACAUAAUGGAUUUUCAUUGUUCAUGCUAGAAAAACAGGAAGAAAUGCGUCUGAAAGGACGCAAAGUCUCAAUGCAGGACAUGGUCCCGAUUGCGCAUCCAGAGUGGAAAAGCUUACCUGCUGAAGUCCAGAAAGGGUAUACAGCUAGAGCAAAAGAGAAGAAAUUUGGCCAAGGAACCUCAGGUUAUGAAGGGAAGUUAGAUUGUACAGGACAGCUCGUUACAAAUCGUUUUUCAGUGGUUGAAUACUUGGAGAAGAGAAGACGAACAGAGUCUGCUGCCCUCAAAGAUUCCUGGUCUACGGGUCAAGACAUCACCCAUCAUCGAUUCUACAUGAUAGCCGUCAAGACGUUAUGUCAGCUUCCUGAUGACACGUACCUACCAUGUGAGUUAGCUUGUGUGGAGUACACCAUGAGUGCAGGUAUCACCAAACGGUUCCACUGCUUCCCGGCUCCAGGCAAGCUGCCCCUAGGAUGUAGAUACUUGUGUAAAAGGCAAGGUGAAGAUGUGCACAAGAUACCUGCAGAAUGGUUUGAUCAGUACAAUCAUAACUAUAAAGAGAUCUGGACUGACCUGAUCGCGUUCAUAAACCCUCAGAGACAGCACGUCAUGCCAGCAUUAUUCUGUGAGCUGCGAUGCAGGGAGGAGGUUGAAUACACCCUGGAGUGGCUGGCCAGGAAUGCCGGUAUGUCACACAGCCUGAGGAAGGUGUAUGAGACAGAGCUCUUGAUCCUGGAACUCUUCAGGAAUGCAGGAGAGAUUGUUCCGUCUAGGGGCCAGGUCUCAUCUCUACUGGCUUCAUCUGCUUGGGAUUACAUCUGGGAUACAAGGUGUGCAUAUCAUGAAGAAACUGAAGUAACUCUUGAAAACUGUGCAUUAGGGACCUGCAAUAAAUACUGCUACUGCCUGAGUGAUGCCGUCUGUGCACGGUACAACGUAGAGCUGACACCCAACCAUAUACCUGAAGCAGAGACCCCCGACGCCAUCGUCUAUCCAGCCCAGCAGAGAGAGAUCAGACCACAGGGUCAACGUACACCACCUAGGGGUAACUCUAGGGGGCAGAGCUAUACACCACCCAGGAUGAAAGAUAAUGAUGAGGAUGAGAGACGAGAUGUCAACACUGCUAGAGAGGCUCAGCGUAUUGCGUCAUAUGAAGACAAACCGUUGCGUCAGCCAUCAACUAUAGGUAUAGCUCACGUGGUGUCACAACCCAAGCCUAACAUUCCUGAGCCUACGAAUAACCAUGACACGGAAGGUGUUGCAGGUGCUUCCGGUCGUUAUGCAGGUCCUCCUGAGCCCCCGCCACCCAGACACAUUCCUCUUCCCACCCCCGCAUGGCAGAGUGUUACCACUAUACCUCAACAAAAACCAGGUGCAAUGAACCAUCAAGCCUCCCUGGACCAGCUGACCAAUCAGAUGGGUGCAUUAGGAGCAGCAGGACGGGGGAUUCCCCCACUAGCACUAGGGCGUGGUCUAGGGCGUGGCCUGGGGCGUGGUCUCGGGAGGGGAUUAGGAAGGGGUGUAGCCCCACCCCCUGGAUUCUAGAGUGCAUCUGGUAUUCUAGUGAUGUACUUUGACAUUGACUGCUGUACCUCCUUCUCUAGGGCUGGUGGAGGGCUCCAGGAGAUUGCCUCAGUAGAGGUUUUAAAAGAUAACUGCCGCUGCAAUAGUACAGAUAUUUGCAUGAUCAAGGAAUUGAAAAGGCUUACUCAACCUUAGAAGAGGCGUAGAAAGUGACUGUUACGGUAUUGGACGAGGGAUACAGGGUACAGGUUGAUCCAUUGAAUAAAGGCUACCACCGCUUGUAUUCUCAAAGAUGAGCUUUGAGGUUGGAUAUGCCAACAUCUCCUCUAAGGGUGGAAUAGAGAUUCUUAAGAUAAACAUUUUCAUUUUGUCAAAUAUCAUAUCAUUUGUGCUUUCUGUUCAUAAAACUCACAAGAAUAAGUAAGAGGAUUUUUUUUCGAAAAGUUCUCUUGUUGGAUUCAAACCAUUUGAUAUACAUGUAUGUACAGCUGUGAUCACGAGAGAGGUAAAGAUGCAUAACAAUUAUUAUACAAUACCACCUAUGCUUUUUGCAUGUUGAUUUGUAAACCAUUGUUUUAUACCCAUGUAUUUGUUUAAACAUUAGAAAAUACAAGAUAGGCAUAAGUAUGUAUAUGCAGAGUUCCUUUAGUCAUAAGAAUGAAGGAAAAAAAAGGUCUUCCACUUAAUAAGAGAUUACCAAGCUGGGCAAGAGGAUUGAUUUUUUUUGUUUUCUUUUUCUGCUUGUGAAAACUACUGGUUUAAAAAAAAAGGAGUGCAUCUGACCAGGAGGCGGUCUUUGUUACCCAGUCUCUCGAACCAGAGAACAGGGUCGGCAUUCACUGGGUGGGGUCUUUAUAGGUAUAGAGCGGUAGUGGUAAAAUUGUGGUUCAAGGGUUUUCGUUGCACAAUAUCCAUUCAAUAUUUUUUAAAUAUUGCCUUCAGAGGUUUAGAUGGCAAUACUGCAACCUAAAUUUGCAAAAA